AUGGAUGCACAGUACUUGAUAAGGGACUCCUCAGUUUGGGCAUGGCCAUCUUCAGAUCUGGAUAGUAGUUGUGACCGGAUUUUGAGUCAUCCUCGAGCAUCCCCAGCCUCAGGUGAAGACAGGGACACUCGGAGCUGCGGACCCCCCUGCACACCCCCCGCCGCCAUCCCGGCCCGUGGGCCCGGCGCCGGCGUGGGGCGGGCGGCGCGGGGCCUCAUGGGAACUGUAGUUCUCUCUGCUCCCGCCGGCGCGCCGCGGGGCGAUGAGAGGCAUGGAGGGGGCGGCGGCGCUGCUCCCCCCAGCGGGACAUGCUUCCGUAAGGGAAUGCCAAAGGCUUCCCCUCCAGACACGGUGCCUUUCGAUUCGGUGGCCUUGGGUCAUGAACUGACAGAGAUAAGAGAGCGAUCUUUGAAGACUAUUCUGUUUAAACUAGACCACAACUUGAUUUCCUAUGCUGAUCUGGUCCACGAAAAAGCGCUUUUUCGUAACCUUUUGGAGUGGUUCAAUUUCCCAGUCGUACCAAUAAAAGAGGAAGUAUUAAAUUUUGUGAACAGUUUGAUCAAGCAUCCACCUGCUGCCCAGAACAUGAUUGGAAUUGGUGCAGUGGAAUUCUUCUCUCAACUUCGCUCCGAUGUGGAUCCAAACUUGCAGGCCAUAAUUGAUGGGAUUGUGGAUGGACUGUUCUUUCUUCCUUCUGAACUCCCUUCUAGUUCUUCAGUAUGUUAUCAGGCUCAGUCUCAUCCUUCAGUAGAUCAACAAGUUCUGCCUCAAGAGGAAUUAUUCACUGGAUAUUUUAGUCAAAGUAGAAGUCAUCUGCCGCAGAUAGAAAUAUCUCCCAAAAGAACAGUGGUGAAAUGCUUGAAAUUUUCCACAUUUCCUUGGCUAACUCUGACUUCAACAGACAGACAUGUUCUUUCAUCAAAUGAAAGCUCUUUGAGAAGUAACAACCAAAGUUUAAUUUGGAGUACAUGUGAACUUCUUCAGGAUGUGAUUAUGCAAGAUUUUCCUGCAGAGAUCUUCCUUCAAAGGCCAAAGAUUGUACAGAGCCUUUUGUCUCUUCUAAACCUGGCUUUUGGUGGAGAUGGAAAACACCAGUUGGCUUUGCAGGCUGUGUCAUGCUUGCAACAGCUCUGCAUCUUCUUGAGAAGUAGGCUUAACUUCCAUAGAGAUCCAAGUUUUUCUUGCUCAGAGCAAGGCACAGCUUCCCAGAAUUCAUCUAUAUCUUACUGCCAAGAAGCAAGAGGUGCUCCUCAUUCUCAGAAUCCAUCACCUGGAAGUAGUCCUCGGCCCUCUGUAAUCGGACGGACAGUUCAGCGUCCUAGAGGAGAUGGUCAAGAUUGGGAUGCAGUAUCUUCUAGUGGGAACAGUACUCAAGCAAAUGCAAACUCCAGAAUCUCUCUGCAUUCCCCAUUUGAAGUAGGACAUAUUGACCUACCAGAUAUUGAAAAUGAGGACACUUUGGAAUUACAGAUGAAGCAGCUUAGUCUUCCUCAGUUCUGUGUUUCCAUCUUGGAAAAUGCAAUACCUCUUCUAAGAACAGGCAGUAGAAGAGUGACAAUGGAAGUUCUUGAAUUGCUUGUUGAAGACAUGUCCCUUAUUGGUGAUGCUAUUUCAGAAAAUGUUUGGGAAGAUGACAGCCUUUUUGCAUUGGAAUUGAAAGACAAAUUGCUUCUGGUUUUGGGUGUGCUUGGAGAAACUAUAUUAUAUCACAAAAGCAAUAUAAGUGCAGAACAGCCCAAGGUGAUGCUGGUGCAUCACAGAAUGGCAUUUAUUAGCAUUUCACUCUUCACUGUUAGAUUGCUCCAAAUACUUCUCCCUGUAGAAAAGGCGAGUAAAGUUACACAAAAGAGUUUGCUGAAUGCUUUGUUUCUUCUCUCACUGGAUAUGCCAUUCUCCUUGGAAUACCCAAACGUGCAUGAAUCUGUUGCAGCCUAUCUGGAGCAGAUGAGUACUGAGAAUUACAGUAUUUAUAAGCAAGUUUCAGAAGCUGCAUAUUCAAUUGAAUGCACUUGUAGCUUUAUGGCUGAAGUUCAUAAGGAGGGGGAGAAGAAUGUUCCUGAAUUACUAGAAUUGGCAGAUCAGGCUUUAAGUAGUCUACCUUUCCACCUACACUUUCCCUUGCUUCAAGAAUGCAUUCACAUAUGCUCAAAUAUUUGGAAGUCUGCCGAGGCCAACUCCUUGCUUCAGGCGGAAGGCCAGAAGUUGCUUCUCCAUCUGUUGUCUCACCCUUUGUUGAAUAUAAAAGCUGAAGCCUAUCGCUGCUGCUUGGAAGUGGUGAAGGACUGUUUAGGUAUUCAUAAUAUUGCGAAGCCCAUGCCUUCAGUCUGCCAAGGAGUACAUUUUCUUCUACACCCUAAAGUGUUAUAUGAAAUCUGUGCAUUUGGCCUUCAGGAAGAUAAGAAUGAGGUGAACUGUUCAGCCAAGGCUGUUCUGAUACAUCUGUUGCAAGGACGAUUAAUGAUGGAAGCAUUGACUUGGAACAAGUUCAUUGAGGCCCUCUGUCCUGUCGUUCCUGUUUUGCAGGGUUAUGCUGACACAAAAGAUACUUUAGGUAAAUGUAUCCUGUCUUUGAGUGAAACAACCUCUGACAAAGGAGAGGGCAUUCUCCCAGGAACUCCCAGACUACAGGCUGCUCUGCGCCUUCUCUUGUCAAAAAAGCAACUGGUUCGUUCUGUAGCAGCUAAACAUUUAGCAUUCCAUCUUCUCAAUGAGGAAGGGGCAAACCUGAAACGCCCACGUCUGGAUGGUCAUGUCCUUUCCAGCAUUUCAAACUUAUUUAUUAUAGAAAGACCUAUGGAGCUAAAAUUGGAUGAUAAGAUAAACUCAAUAAUCAAGGCAGAAACUGUUGAAAAGCUGUAUGAUAUUUUGACUUCUGAUGCUGUUGACCUAGUUUUACGGAAGUCUGCAGCUGAGCAGCUGGUUGUCAUUUUAGAAGAUACCAAAAUGCAUGAUAUUGUGAAAAAGUUGGGUGUGAUGGAAAAGAUAUUGACAUACCUUAAUGAGUGUGUACAUGUGGAUGGCAAGCUUAUGGAAUCCAUAGUGGUACCGUGUCUGACACUCCUGCGUAAAAUUGUGUCUGCUGACCCAGUUGUUCGCCUGUCCCUAGCACAGCAGCCUUCUUUACUGCUUUUGCUAUUCAGAGUUUCCCUGAUACUCCAAAGUGAUCGUGCUGUUUUAACUGAAACUACAGUAUUGCUUUGUCUUCUGUUGUUUGAUGAAGUAGCAAGAGCAGAAACAUGGGCUGAUAGCAUAGCCAGUAAUAAUACUGAGGUACCUGCCUUCAGUUUACCUGUUGCUGUUGUUAGGAGGUAUCACCUCCCAGUCAGGAUCACUGCUCAUCAUGUAGUUAGCCCUAAUACUGUUGUGGUGCCAUUGUCUUCUGAGUGCUUGGCUAUGAAACCUGUGUCAGAUAUGCUUAAGACAGCUUGGAAUCUGUCAUGGUACCAUGGGAUUGAAAAUCUACUCCAGCUGAUAAAUUAUGAGAAGGAAGCAGAAAUAUUUUUAGACUCUCUAAAACUUUCCUCAGAAGACAUUCUUAUAAUGAAAAUAACUCACACAAACUAUGGACUGCAGGAUUGUCUUACUUUGAUCAUUCAGGCAGCAUCCCAUAGGGAUGUUAGAACUGCUCUCACUAGGCUUAGCUUCUAUGUCCUGAAUGACAGACUUGCAUUAAAAUGCAGUUCUGGGCCUUGUGGAACCACUCUGAAAAGCUUUGUUUGGCAGAAAGCAAUGAACAGGUUUUUACAAGUGCUUCCAGCUUCCGUGGAAGAUGAAAAGCUUUUGGUAGAUGUCCUAAGAUUUUUAAACAAACUGCUUAGAGAGCAGAAAUCAAAUCUGGAUUCAGACCAUCUAAAAUGGAUCUUGAAAUCAUUGCUUAAAAAUCAACCAAAAUCCCUUAUGGGCCUCCUGGGGCGACCAGAAUCCCAAGUGCAGGAUGAAAUGGAUGAAACACAGGCUGCUGUCAGGCAACGACUGGACAAAGAGCUCAUUCGUCUUUUUAACACGUUGUUAAUUUGUUCCGUGUCAGUGAGUGACAGAGAGGGCUUGGAACUUGCUGGCUCAUUCAGAACAGAGCUGGCUCUGAAACUGCUUCAGUGCUUAAGGCUAACAGAUGCACCACAUUUUUAUGGACUUCCUUCACUGGAGAGAACAUUACAAGGAAUGGUUCAUGUUACUGCACUUCCAGGCUGGAGUACCUAUUCUGCUACAGUUGAACCUGUCACAAUUCGUAAAAAAUACUUAACAGGUCUUCUUGAGGUCAUCUCAUCGUUUUAUGUUGAAUGGGGGGGAAAUGCCAUGUCCUUCAUGGGAAAAGGUGUAACAAAAAGCACAGUCCUUUGCUUGCUUCACUUAGCUCAUGAAAUGAUGGCUCAAGCCAAGGAUACGGACUGGAUAUCUCUUUGGUCUUUGCCGUGUGAUAACAGUGAAGAACAAGUUUUGUCUCAUCUGGGUCUGGCGUGGCUGGUUCCUUUGUGGGUAGAUCGAGAUCCUGAGGUCAGAUUUACAGCACUUGGAAUAGGAUCAGCUCUUACAUCUCUUGAAGUAGGAUGUAUUGCUUUAGCAGAAAGCUGCCAGAAUAUUUCAGGAGGCCUGUGGGGAACAGUGAUAAACAUCCUUCUGGAUCAAUCUGAAUGUAGCAUGGUACGCAGGGAGGCUGCUUUUAUUCUACAAAAUCUACUUGUCAUUCCAAUCCCUACAGAAGACACACAAGAUUGUAUUUGGCAAGGUCCUUGUGUACACGAUGAAGAAUCUGGCCUCUCUCAGACAGGAAUACCUGCGCUUAAAGCCCUUUUGUAUCACUGCCAGUUCUAUGAGCACGUGAAUCAGAUGGUGAAACACUGUUACCUAGGUUGUUACAUGUUUGAUUUGAACUCCUACAAGGAAGACAAGCUCAAUGCAGAAAAAGGUGGUGUAACUGAUUUGGAUGAUUCUCUCAAUCUUUGGAAGGCUCCACCUAGUCAGAGCAAAUCUUCACAUUCUCACUCAACAUCUGAAACUGUGAUUGUGUCUGCAUCACCAUCGCUGGGGAGUGUUACGGAGCUUCAGGCAACAGUUCCAAGUUUGGCCAGUUUUAUUCCUGAAACUGUGGUUGAUCGGCUUACGGCACAAGGUCAAAGCGAUACAACCAUAACAGAAUCUACAAGUCAACAUGAUUCUCCUCUGUCUGCUGCUCUGUCUAAACAGCGUGCUGUAAUCACACCUGCCCUUUUGUCAGCUGUUUGCAGCCUUCUGCACAAUCUGCUGGUUGUCAUGCCAAAAGAUACUGGAAUUGCUCUUCAACAAACACAUUUGCUAGCAACUCUCAGCAGUCUUGUAAGUGCUAGUCUGGUUGAAAGAUGCAUCUUGGAACUGAAAACUCCAUUGGGUCAUUGCUGUCAUAUGGAACACGUAAAAGCUCAGGUCUUGUUAUUACUUCAGUACUUGUCAUCUGUGUCCAGACUUCUAAAAUCAUGUUUAUUGGUGGACUCUUGUCUUGUAAGCCAGGAUGAACUGCUGAAACCUCUCCUGGGGAAUACCUUCAGGCUUCUCAGCAUACGUCCCAAAAAUGGCUUAGAUACUGAGUUAACAUCUGUACUUCAUGAAACAUGGGUAGACUCUUUCAGCCUUCUAGCUACAUUACUGUGGAAAAGUGGCCAGAUAUCUUUUCCAUCUGUGACAGCAGCCCUUGCAAAUCACUGUACAGCAAUAAUUGAUACCAUUUCUGAUUGUAUUCAUCUGUCUAUCACAUAUCCUGCUUUAUAUGUGGCUAGUUUACAGUUCCUCUCUGUCCUUUUGAAUGAGGAAGGAAGAAAACAGCUUGAGGAUAAACAGAGUGUAUGUCAGAAUCCAACUAUUAGCUUUCUUCUGGAUCACACUGAAGGAUGCAAGGCACCAGUAACUCAACUUACUGCAUUAAUUAUUCAGGUCUGUGAAAGAAAAUCUUCAAAGGAUGUGCUGAAAGAAGUUGCUACAAAUGCACUGUUAUCUCUGUUAGCUGUCAGUAAAAAUGCCCAGAAAUGUGCUUUAGAAGCUGACCUGAUAGACAGCUGCAUAGAAGACAUGAAGCACAUUCACGCACAGCUGAAUUUGGAUUCCCUAAAGCCUGGGAAAGCACAGAGAAAAAAGGAGGAUAACCUUAUCAAGGAGUUAAGGUGUUCUAUGCAGCUCCUUAGAAACUGCCUCUUUCAAAAUGAAGAAUGCAAAAUGGCAGCACUCAAAGCUCAUCUUGUUCCUGUUCUGCAUUCGCUGUGGCCGUGGUUUUUAGCAGAUGAUUCCUCAAUGCAAAUAGCUCUGCAUUUGCUUUGUGUCUACACUGCAAACUAUCCUGCAGGUUGUGCUUCACUUUGUUGGGCCAGUGGCGGACAAUCAUCAUUUCCAUCUGCACGAAGUGCAGCUGGCAAUUCAUUAAUGCAUUACAUCUUGAAAUUGGCUUCCCGUGUGUCAAAUGAUAACAGCCCAGUUCAGCAGGUGGUCUUUUGUCUAAUAUCUAACCUUGCUCUGUCUCAUGACUGUAAAGGCAUUAUUCAGAAGAGUAACUUCCUGCAGAACUUUUUAUCUCUUUCAUUGCCAAAAGGAAGUAAUAAAAAUUCCGGUAAUGUGUCUACUCUCUGGCUAAAGCUGCUACUGAACAUAUCUUUUGGAGAAGAUGGACAACAGAUGGUCAUGAAGAUAAAUGGGUUUUUAGACCAGAUUGUUGAAAUGUGUAAAUACAAGCACAAAAGCAGCCAACAUCUAGCACUUCUUAUUCUACAUAACAUAUGUUUUAGCCCAGCUAAUAAACCAAAGAUAUUAGGUAAUGAUCAAGCCAUUGCAGUACUGUCUGCCUGUUUGGAAAGUAACAGUCCUGCUGUUCAGAGAAUAGGAGCAGCUUCGCUUUGGGCUUUGCUUCACAACUAUCAGAAGGCAAAAGUGACUUUGAAGAACCCAUCCAUAAGGAGAAGAAUAGAUGAGGCUUAUUCUUUAGUGAAGAAAAGUUCUCCACAGCCAGAAGAAAAUGAACUGCAUGCCUACCAUGUAAAAUGCUUAGAGAAUAUAGUGCAGCUUCUCGAUAGUUAAUGGUCAGUGUUAAUGAUUGUUAAUCAGUCAACUCUCAUGUUGAAAUGGAACAGCUUCUUCAAUGGGAGCCUGAAAUUUUAAGAAAGCACUUCUGAUUCACAGAUCUGUGGCAGCAGCAGAUCUGCUGUGGAAGAAAUUUAUGAAGCCUUAGAGGAAGGAGUUCAUCACUUUGAACCAAAGAAAUUGGACUGUAUCUGGUUCAAACUGUUUGUACUAUAAUCCCAAUGGGAAAUUACAACUAUGCUACUAUGUAAGAUAUGUACACAGAAGAAGGACUGUACAGGAGAAAAGAUUUGAAAAAUGAGUAAUUUCCUUAAAUUAUGCAUUGAAAUUGUUACUGUAAAGUAUUAGAAUUUCUGGUUUGGAUUGUUCUUAAUAAAGGGGUUUUUAACUAAGAUCACAGCAUUUGCUGUGAGUGAAGUGGAAUUUUUAAGAUUGCAAGGGUGCACAGUGUAUGCUCAGAUUCAGAAACUGAAAAUGUUGGUAAUUGUGGUGUCUUACACAUAUUAGAUACAGAACAGCAAGGUGUGUGUUGUAGUUUUGAAGAUGGUUUCAAUGCAAAUUGCUGCAUGUUUUCUAAGAUGCUAACAAUUGAAAAAGAGUUCUCAAUUGCUGAUAGUGGAGGUGACAGUUAUGUUAACAUAGCGGUUUAUUCAGGAUAUGGGGGUCUGUGCAUCCAUUUUAGUUGCAUUACAACAAUGUAGAAAAUAUUUGAGUCAAAAUAUGUUGGCUUCUAAAGACUUUGAAUCUUUUGCUUGGGGCAGAUUCCCCCCCUUG